GACAGACAGAUCAACGAGCUAGAGAGCACACCAACCAGAGGCCUAUAAAAACACACACACACACACACACCGCUGGAUGCAUGGUGCAACAGACUGGUAGAAGCCAGACGCUCAGACACAAAAGUUCACUGAUAGCUGUACACUCACUGAUCUCCAGUGUACUUGCAUUUAAAUGGUAGAUAAGUGUGCCAUCCUAUACAAAUGUACAGGACAGAGUGAAGACGUGUAAAGAUUUUCUAAGAGACCUAAUCUGGGUAUUCAGUCAUGUCUGACGCCGCACGGGAUCUGGACGAGCUGUGCUAUCUCACAGCUCAGUGUAUGACGUCCAUGGUGACUGCAGAGCAUUUUCGAGUAAUCAAGAAGCUCGGAGAGGGGUCAUACGGUAAAGUCAUGCUGGCUGUGCACAAAAAGAGAGGCACUCCUAUGGCACUGAAGUUCUUCCCUCGCUGCUCUACGACUCUCCACACCUUCCUACGUGAAUACAACCUCUCCCUCUCGUUCUGCACUCAUCCCUCUCUCACACGUGCUCUUGGAAUCUUUUUCUCUACACCAUCCCACUAUAUCUUCGCCCAGCAGGCUGCUCUGUAUGGAGAUCUCUACGAUGUCAUUGUGUCCGAUGUGGGGGUGAGCGAAGUACAGGCUCAGAGUGUGAUGUCCCAAUUAAGUGGUGCUGUGUCUUACUUACACUCCCUGGGAUUUGUGCACCGUGACAUAAAACCAGAAAAUGUCUUCCUGUGUGCCCCAAACUGUCGCUGGGUCAAACUAGGUGACUUCGGUCUCGUACGCCCUCACGGCACCCAAAUACGUGCUGUCUGGUACGAAUCCCCCUUCUGUGUCCCAGAGGUCGAACAGGCCAAGCAGAAGAAGAAAGCAAGUAGGAAAGAAGGAAACCAACAGACACAGGAGGAAAAAGAUAUCUGGAUGCUAGUGGAGCCCAGUUUGGAUAGCUGGGCUCUGGGGAUCCUCACAUACUGCCUGCUAACCAGUUGUUUCCCGUGGGAAGAGAGCACAUCGGAUGACCCAGGUUACCACCAAUUCUGUAUCUGGUUCAAUGACGUUAAAGAAAAGGAGGACAGGGACAUGGGACGAAACAGGCAAAUGGACAGAGGAAAGAACAUCGGAGAGGAGGACACAGCGGUACCUGUGCCUUCUCACUUUGAAUCUUUAAGCACUUUAGCUCUCACUUUGCUCAGGAGACUCCUGCACCCACUGCCCAAGUACCGCGCCAUGCCUGAUGAGGUCCUCUCCUACCUCGGGGGACCCUGGCUUCUGAAAACAGAGAAAGAAGAGAAGAUGAGACAGGAGGAGGCACAGGAGGAAGCCAGAAAGAUAUUAGGAGGAGGAGCAAUGGAGAAAGACAUAGAGAGGGAAAGAAAAAGGGAGAGAUAAAAAGAGGAAAGCUGCUACCUAAAACUGUAUUUUAUACUGAAAAGUGUUCGUAUUUUGGAAUAUAGUGUAUAAAGUGACGUCCUCAUACUGUGUAGUGACUGUUAUGUAUAAGCUGACAUUAAUAUACAUAUCAUUUAUAAUAUGAAUCAGAUGCUUUCUGGAAAUGCACUCUGCCGAGUUGCCGUAGCAACUAUUCAACUAAUUAUACUGAUUUUAUGUAGUAACUAUUUUAUGUAUAAUUUUACAAAUUAAUAUAGCCCUAGGAGGACAUGGUAGCUUACUAGCUAGCAUGACUGCCUCACACCUCCAGGGUUUGUGUCCUGCCUCUGCCCUGUGUACGUGGAGUUUGUUCUCCCUGUGCAUCAGGGAAUUCCUCCUGAUACUCUGGUUUCCUCUUAUAGUCCAAAGACUUGCUUUGUAGAUGGACUAGCAACUCUACAUGCACAACUCUGGUGCUUGUGUUUGUAUGAUUGUGCCAACGAUUGGUUGGCACUCUGUCUAAAGUGUCCCUUGCCUUGUGCCCCGAGCUGCCUCGAAUAGGCUCCUUGCAUCACUGUGCUACAAAAAAUAGAUUGGAAUAUGGCCUAAGCAAAUACCGUGGGUCAAAUUAACGUAGGUAAUCCAUUUCUUUAAACAUCAACACACAAGCAGAACAGAUGAAAAAGAUUUUUUGCAUGACUAUAUGUUGACUUUUGGAUGUUAUAUGAAGUUUAAAAGAUAUGUAACCUCAUGCAUGUUGAGAUUCCUCAAGCUUGAUUAGGUGCAACUAUAAUCUUGCAAAGGAAGGGACAGAUACACCAACUUUCAAGCACAGCAGAUAAACAAUAAAAAAUAUGACUAUGGCAGGAAACAUACUUGGGAGUCUUGAGCUACUGGUGUUAAUAGUGAGGAAUUUACAAGCUUGUUUAACAUGCAAACUGACUCUAAUAGGGUUCAUACUAUAGACACCUGAGAGCUGAGUGCAGCUAAGUUAGAAUCACUGGCACAAUAAAAGACUAUUUUUAAACAUGGGACUUUUCAGAUAACUGAGAAUUUUGAAAUGACUACAUCUUUUUUUUAUAUUAGAGAUUUAUUUAACCUUACUUUUAAACAAUGUGCAAUAUUUUCCUGAACAUGUGCAAAAUGUUUUACACAAAGCUGUAUAAAAAAACUGUUUAAAUUCUGUAUAUAACUGUGAGUUUGUUAUUAAAUGUUUGCUGUAUGGAGUGCAACUUCAUGUAUGUCUGUAACGUCUGAUGUGAAAUAUUCUAAUAAAAGUUGUUUUUUUUUUUCUUAUUU